UAAGACUAAUCUCCGUCCACCGCCGUAAACACAAAAACCAGACACAGAGCGAAUCCAGUUCCUGCCUGAACCAAAAUCGAAAAAACCAUGCCGAGGCGCAGUGAUGAAAACGAGGACAGGGAAGAAGAAGAUCCAGUAGCCAUUAGAGAUGUCUCGGACGAAGAAGACGAAGACGAAGCUAAUGAAGAUCUCACCUUAAAGAUAUUGGAGAAAGCGUUAUCGAGGCGUGAGUUAGAUGAUCCAAAGGAGACAACUUUGUCUGAUCCCUCCGGGUCUGGUGUAGUAAGCACCGCGAUGGUGAACGGCCGAGAUUCUUCAAAGAGUCAUAAGAAGAAGACGAAGACGAAGAAGACAACCAGUCUAGAAGAAGAAGAUGCCCUCGAAACUCCCAUCAUCUGGAAAGACGAAGUUAAAAAUAUACUAAAAGAGGAAGAUGAGAAACCUGCUGAACCAAAAUCUAGCAAUAUGGUUUUGAAAAAGCUUCUUCGUGGAGCGAGGUAUUUUGACCCUCCUGAUGCUGGUUUGACUUGCUAUAGUUGUGGGGAGCCUGGUCACGCCACUAUUAACUGUCCUACUCCAACUACGCGUAAGAAGCCUUGCUUUAUAUGCGGCAGUUUGGAACAUGGUGCAAAGCAGUGUACAAAGGGACACGAUUGUUAUAUUUGCAAAAAAGGUGGCCACCGAGCAAGAGAUUGUCCGGAUAAGUACAAGAGCGGGUCUAAAAAAGCUGUUUGUUUAAGAUGUGGAGACUUUGGACAUGACAUGAUAUUGUGCAAGUAUGAGUACUCUCGAGAUGACUUAAAGGAUAUACAAUGCUAUGUCUGUAAAAGCUUUGGCCAUCUGUGCUGUGUUGAACCUGGUAACUCACCUUCGUGGGCUGUGUCUUGCUACAGAUGUGGUCAACUGGGUCACAUUGGAUUGGCAUGUGGUAGAUACCAUGAGGAAAGCACAGAAAAAGAAUCUGCCAGCUCAUGCUUUAGGUGUGGGGAAGAAGGGCAUUUCUCACGUGAAUGCCCCAACUCGUCGAGCAUAAGCACCACUCCAUAUGGAAGAGACUCGCCUAGUUUGUGCUACAGAUGUAAUGGAGCAGGACAUUUUGCUCGCGAAUGUCCCAAUUCCCCCCAGGUUUCUAAGAGGAACCGUGAGACAUCUACACCGUCGAGGAAAUCUCACAAGAAAGUCAAAGAAACUCCGGAAUACAAUUCUACUCCGUAUGAAUCCAAUGGGAAGAAGACGAAGAAGAAGAAGAGGAGUAAAGAAAACUCAGAACACGAUUCUACUCCCCAUGAAUCCAAUGGGAAGAAGAAGAAGGAGAAGAAGAGUAAAGAACAUUAUUCUACUCCCCUAGAGUCUAACGGGAAGAUGAGGAAUAAGAAGAAAAUACAUAAAGGAGAAGAGGCCCAUUCUACACCACAGAAAUCAAAACAGAGAGGGGGUUGGAUCACAGAGGAUCCAGAGGAAGAUUCUUUCCAGAGAGGAAAGAUGAGGAGGCUGAGGUCUCCUGUUACACCAUCGGGUCAUAACCACCAUACUACAUAUAUGGGUGGUCAUAAGCAAAGAUCACCAACAUUCCAUUCCGGUGGUAAUUUCCCGACCACACCAUAUGGUAGAAACUCAUCUAGUGGGCGUGUCUCGAGUCAUCCACCUUCAAGGUGGCAGCAGCCUUAUUAUCCUACUUCCCGUCAUCAUCAGCAUAAUCAUAGAUAUGCACCUGCACCGUCGAGGUAUGGUUCAGCCCACCACAAUGACGAGUUUCAAGGGGACUAUGGUCGUUGGUAGUGUCAAUAGAUCUGGUCAUCGACGACCUAGCUCGAAAUUGGUUAUGCUUGAUGGUCUUUUAUUAGGGAUCACAGGUUAAGCUUAGUUUCCAUAGGCGUCUAGUAUUUGAUUCAAGUUUUGGGGUCAGCGUUAUGUUUUGUUCUCCUCACCAAACACAAGCUGUUUAGUCGGUCCUCAUUUCCUUUCCCCAUGUCAACUCAUAAAGAUAUUUCUUUGUUUUAUCUGUAUUUUUCUUUUUGUUUAAUUUCAAAUUUUGGGGAUCCUUUUUUAUUUUGUUAUCAGUCAUGAUUUUAUUUUUAAUAUUGAUUAUUUUUCUUAAUC